GGGGAGCCGCCGCGCGUCACCAGCCGCACCAGCCCGGGCGGAUCUACAUAAAACUCGCCUCCCACUUCCCCCCACGCGAUCAUCCCUCGACCGCCCCGAGCCGGGAGGCGGCGCCGCCCGCCCGCCGGGCAAAGUUUGUUGGCCGGAGUUGGGGGAGCGCGGCGGGGCGCGCCAUGGAGGCGCUGCGGUCGGCGGGCAGGGCCAUCAUCCGGAGCCCCAGCGCCGCCAAGCAGUCCUGGGGCGGCGGCAAGCACCAGAAGCUACCGGAAAACUGGACCGACACCAGAGAGACCCUACUGGAGGGAAUGCUUUUCAACCUAAAGUACAUGGGCAUGACUCUGGUGGAACAGCCCAAAGGAGAAGAUCUCUCGGCAGCUGCCGUCAAAAGAAUUGUGGCAAUGGCUAAAGCACGUGGCAAGAAACUGCAGAAAGUUACCCUGAAGGUAUCUCCCAGAGGGAUUAUCCUAAAUGACAGCGGAACGAACGAAUUGAUAGAAAACAUCUCGAUAUACAGGAUCUCUUAUUGCACCGCGGACAAGAGCCACGAUAAAGUGUUUGCCUACAUUGCUCAGAGCCAGCACAGCGAGAACCUGGAGUGUCACGCUUUCCUCUGCCCCAAACGGAAACUGGCCCAGGCAGUCACCCUAACUGUAGCUCAAGCGUUCAAAGUCGCGUUUGAGUUCUGGCAAGCAUCCAAGGAAGAGAAAGAAAAGCGGGAAAAGUCCCUCUCUGAGGGAGAAGGUGCAAGUGGCCCAAACUCAGAAGAUCCUGCCUGCCUUAAAGCGUCAGUUGCCACAGGGAACCUGUUGGACUUCGAAGAUGCUGCCAAAUCUCCCCUGACUGUCAGCGCGAACGCCCCACGCGUGGAUGAGUUGGGUCCAAACUUCUCAUCUGAGAACAACAACCUAGUCUGGGAAAUGGAUGAUGGGCUGGAGGAGGCAUUUUCAAGACUUGCUCAGUCAAGAACUAACCCUCACGUCCUGGACACUGGCCUGACUGCUCAAGAUAUCCAGAGUGCAGAAACCCUUUCUCCUGUAGACUGGGACAAAAUGGAUUCAAAUGCGGCAGAGAAAGAUGACCUGUUUGGGUUCUGAAGAACUCCUCCUCCACCGAACUGUUUGCAAUAAAGUAACCACUAAAAGUAAAAGGGCUGAAUGCGAACCCUUCUGGGUGAAGUUCUGGAGGGAUUUCUUAAAGGGGAGGCUUUCACCAUUCUUACAGAUGCUGUUAUUGCAAUAACAACUGCUUAGACCAAAGCUUUAGACAUUUAAUACAUAUUUUUUUAACCUUGCUUUUUAUCUAAACAAUGAGAUGCUCCUGAAUAUAUUUAUUCAGUAACCGUUACAGUUUACAUAUAUUAUGGAAGUUACAUUGCUGGAUCCUAUACAAAAGUAACGUGUACAGUUUUUAGAUGGCAAUAUACUGAUGGAAGAGUAUUCAGCAGAGCUUGCUGUCUUCCGAAAAUGACUAUCCAGCACCAAAGACUCUUUAGCGUGUACAUAUUUUUCUAGACACCUGCACAUAUAAUUGCAAUUGUAAGCACAAAUGUUACUCAUCCUUUGCUUCCAAAACAACUCUAGUUCUGCAGUUGUCUUCUUGAUAAACUGGGAGGGAAAGAACUACACCAGUAUUAAAAUCAGAGGUAACAGAUUUUAUUUUCCUUGUGAAUGUCUGCGAUAAAUCCCCAUAGUUGUCAGCCAUCAGUAAUGGGUUGUCUGACACUUCGUUAGCUUUCAGAUUGGAGUUGGCACACUUACCCAAAGACUCGUAGCUUUGCACUUUAAAAGCCUGAACUGAAAGUAUGGCCCAAAAUGUCAAAACAAGUUGGGUAUUCAUCUCUAACCUCUCUUCUCACCCAGAAGCUACUGAUCCAAAAACCACCGCAAUAUUGCAGGUCUGUAUCUCACAACCGACCUUUCACACUUUUUUUUUUUUUUUUUUCCCUUCACUGUGACUCUAAAUCUAAAGACUUCAGUCGCACUGAUAGUCAUAAAAAGGUUCUCUAGUAACACUUGGCUUUUGAUCAUACAUUGAAAAUUGCAGGUUGGAUUGAACCAGAUGCAUAAUAGGUUAAUGCUGGCUGCCUCCUACUGGGCACACCUCUGUCUGGUCUCUAUACCAAUCUGUCUAGUGGAGCCACUUAAUAGGCUGAGGCAGAAUUGGAUUAAGUGAAACCAAUAUUUACCUGGAUGUUCUUCCAAGGGGGGGAAAAAAAAAUCCCUUGUAUGCUAUUUGGAUGAUCGUUCCAAGACCUACACCUCCUGAGAAGCUGAAAGAAAAAUGCGACUCCUUAAUCUCCUGUACUUCUAGAUUUGAAAAUCAAUAAUGGCGAUAUAAGGAUUAUGCUAAUUAAAAGAUUAAACUUAAUGACUGCACGAACAUAGUUUGCAGUGUUUGUGGCCUUGUGAGGAAUAUACUAAUCUGUUUUAUAGAUUUGUAACUUGGUUCUGAAACACUAUGUGGGGAACGAAUUUGUCUUUUUAUAAGUCUCCUAACAUUGUACAAAGUAAAAAUAAUUUUUUUUUCCUCCGGGGAGAGAGAGUAAUUGUAUUAGGAAACAGCUGAAUGACUCGUAACUUACAGAUGAUGCGUUUUAUAAAGGGUACUGUGAUGUGAUGAGUCAGCGUCAUAGCUCCCUCAUGUCUACUAUAAAAUCUUGGUACUCCUUUCUCCUGCAAAAGCAUUCUUGCAUCUUGUUUGGUAUCACCAGUGGCACUAGUCUCGUGCAAACGGAGGAGUUUCACGCUUAAGUUCUGUAUAUCUACUGUACGCUGAUUGUAUAAACAGCCCCCCGAUUAAGCAAAGCUAGCUGUAGCAAGCACCCUGCUCUGAUUCCUUGGGGGCGUUGUGAUUUUUUUUUCUAAAGUUUUUGUUGCACAAACCAUGAGGAUUCAGCUAUAUGUUAAUCUCUCUCUCUUUCUAGAGAUCCUUGGAGUAUAUCCUUACAGAUAUAGUAUUCUGCAUAUAUGUACAUAGUCUUAAACCCUACGCUGUAAAAAAAAAUGUUUUUAUUAAAAGUUCUACCUUUUUUGA